ACCCUUGUUUCCUCUUUAGCACAGUUGCGAAACUGACUAGAAACAAAGAACAAACAGAAACCAAUAGUAAACUCCAACACAAUAGUAACGACUUCAUGAACUUCUUUACUAACAAAAUGAUAUUUAUUAGGGAAAACAUAGAAACUACGCAAGCAGCCACCACUCUACCCAAUAGUACAUUUACCACUAGAUUAUCAUACGAACAUCUUGAGUCAUUUAAACCUACUACAAUAGAAGAGCUCUCUAAAUUAGUAACGUCAUCUAAAUCAUCGUCCUGUAUAUUAGACCACGUUCCCACAAAAUUACUAAAAGAGGUAUUUUUAUGUAGUGUCCGACACGGUACUAAAUAUCUUUAACUCAUCGCUAGAAUUAGGAUACGUUCCAACAGCUUUCAAACUAUCAGUUAUUAACCGCUCAUUAAAAAACCAAACUUGACCAGGGAGAUCUUAAUAACUUAAGACCAAUCUCAAAUCUACCUUUUCUUUCUAAAUUAUUAGAAAAUGUAGUGGCAAGCCAGCUACGCACAUUCAUAGCGAAUAAUAAUACAUAUGAAAAGUUCCAAUCAGGAUUCAGGCCCCACCAUAGCACAGAAACAGCGCUGCUUAGAGUUACAAAUGACCUCCAAUUAACAUCCGAUCGUAUCUAACCAAUCGAUAUCACUCUGUUUAUGUAAAUGGGGAAGAGUCCUAUCACUCCCCCGUUAACUCUUUCACCGCCAUUGACGAGAUAUCUCGUCAAUUAAGAGAAAACGCUUCCCCGCCAAUGACGAGAUUUUCCGUCUUCCCGCAAUACCGCUAUUAUCCACCAGGUGGACAAAAAAACAGUUUCAUCUACCUUCAGUGGUUCUUUUGUAAUCAGCUUUUGAAUAUGGGUAGGUUUCUGCAAAAACACCACAUUUUGAGCAAAAAGCAGAGAUAAUUCAAUUUUUGUGACUGACUUUUCAUAGAGAUCCCAUUCAGAGCGAUCUUUAAAACAGACACGGACAUGCAGCCGCUUGCCACAUGGUGGAUAAUAGCAGUAUUGCGGAAAGACGGAAAAUCUCAUCAUUGGCGGGGAAGUGUUUGACAAGAAGCGUUUUCUCUAAAUUGACGAGAGAGCACCGCCAGUGACUGGAUUGUUAAAAAAAAAGAGUUUUAAAAUAAAAGAAAGAGUUAAAAAAAUAAAACAGAGUUCAUGUGGGAUCUCAGUACCAAACAGAUAUUGCAUGUCGGAGGUAAGAAAUAUUUGGUUUAACGUCUUUACAAAUAGUUAACUCUUUCCCCACCAAUGAUGAGUUUAAGGCAAUCUAUAUUUCCGCUAUAAUCCACUAGGUGGCGGGCUUACCCAACUUAUAAAACACUGGAGUAUUCACUGAUAUCAUCUGAUCUCUAACAAACAUCCUUAUAUUUACCUUUUGCACAUUUUAUUUAUGUUAAAAAGCUCUUUCUACAGUAGCUUUUUCUAAUAGUAUUUUUCUAAAUCUUUUUGCACAUUUUAUUUAUGAGCUAUUUCUAGCUCAAGCUUAUCCAAAAACUUAUAAAAGGAUUUAUUAUUUUUCACAAAGUUGUCUGUUGAUUGCUGAAUAUAAAACCCCUUCAAUAUAGGAGUCGUCGAAUCUUAUUAGAGUAAUAAAUUAGAGUACCGGGCACCUCUUUUGGGUCACUUCAAGCACUGCUUAAAACCCACCCAUAUUUGAAAGGUGAUGAAUAAAAAUGGGAUGAAACUAUUUUAUUUGAAAGCAGAGGGAUCAGCAUUAAACUUUUGUGAAAAUCAUAAAAAAUGUGGGUGCUGGCUGGCAUCGUAAAAAAAUCCGCUGGCGUUAAAGAAGUCCGCUAAAUGCUCCACUAUUUGUUAAAAUGGAUAGAACUGUAUAACUGUCAUACAUAUUAUUUCUGUUAUUUAACAUGUUUGUUUAAUUUGUUAAGUCUUUUCGUGAAUAUUGAGUGUUGAUGUUAACGAGGAACUAAAGUUCGUUUGCGUUGCACACGGACAUUUUUGAGGUGCAACAGGAAAAAGGUUUAUGCUCUGGUGAGAAGAAGUUAUUUCUCUGCUCGUGUAUUAAAGAGUUACGUGUACUACAAGAUUUACUCGUAUUUUGAGCAAAUAACUAAAGAUGUUUUUUCUUUUUGUGUUUUAAGCAAAGGAUUAAAGAAGAUGCGUUUCAUUUUUUGUGUUUUGAACGGGUUUUUCAAGAACUCAUUCCCUCUUGGUUAUAUGCAGCCAGCGAGUUUGACGGUGGUUUUCAUUGCCGGUUAAUGUGAUGACGGAGAAAUGGAUGACAAGGCAAUAAAUCCAUCAGUAAUCAGAACAACGGUGUCGUUUAUUUCCUGGAGGGAGUGAUAGUCAAACUCGGAUCUGCGUCAACGUUCCCGAACCUGCUCGUCCCCGGCACAGAUACAGAUAAGCCCACGUUUACCGUUAAGGAUCUGCAGUUCAUCAGUGUUUCAUUAAGACGUCCAUAAGUCAGACACUUAAGUUUGUGUUCUGAAAAGUGACAAUAAGUUUGAACACUACAAGGGACUGUGUAACCUUAAUUAUAAUUGUGGUUUAAAUUGUACAAGGGAAAUUUAUUGAUAUAGUCUAUUGAAGAAAGAUAGAAAGUGAUUUCUUUUUUUUUUGUACAUUUAAGCAAACCAAUAUCUUUCACUUUUUUGAAGUUUAUUUAUUAUUAUAAGUUAUUAUUUUCAAAGAAUGUUUACCUUUAUGCAAUAUUACGUAACCUUUACAAUGUUUACUUAAUUGAGGGGUUGAACUAAAAGCAAUUGACAUAAUUUAAUUUGAUUGUUCAGAAAAAAGAAAAGAAAAAAGGGCAGUUUAACUACACAGCUAAUUUUAAGUGUGUUCAGGCUAUUUCCCAGAUAAUGUAAGAUGUCUCAAACGAGUGAAAGGGAACAAGUGUCAGGGAAUGCUACCAUUGUACAACAAGCAGUACAGCCUGCAGAACCUCGUAGAAGUGAAAGAGAUCGAACAUUAACAGAAAAAGGAAGGGAAUUUCUGGGGAAAAAAUCUGUAAUCAAACAAGAUCCCAGUGAUAUCCUUCAAGAACACAUUAAAGGUAUUCAAAGAGAAAAAUCAGAGAUGAACAGUGUUUAUGAUGAAUAUCGAAAAAUUGACACCCCAUCUCAUGACAUGAGGCGCAAGUUGGACAGAUGUCCAUCCACCACCAGAAUUGUAAUACAGAAUGCUCAAUCUCAAAUGCAAGGAAAGGAGGAAGAGAUUAUAUGGCCUGAUGCUUCAUCUGUAUUUGCUUCUUUAACCUCCAGUGUUUCAUUUCAGAGCAAUAAUUCUAAGUCCAUUCACUCUGCUGUAUCCUCAUCAAAAAGACAAGAAGCUGCUGCUGAAUAUGCACAUACACAGGCUGUAUUGAAGAUUAUGAGUGAGCAAGAAAGCCACCAAGCAGAACUACAGAGACUUGAAGCUGAGGAUAAGUUAAUAGUUGCAGACCAAGAAGCAGCUGCAUCAACUUGCCGCCUUCAAAGAGAAAAGGAAGAAAUUGAGCACAAAAUAGAAAAAGAGAGACAAGAGGCUGCUCUGUUAAAGAGACAGCAUGAAGAAAAUGCUGCAAGAAAAAGGUCAGUUGAAAAUUUGAAAAGAGAGCUUGAGCGUUUGGAAGAGCUAAAGAAGCUUAACGCAGCCAAAGCAAAGCUUCAAGUGUACGAUGCAAAUGAGUUCUAUCCAACCCAAGACUUUGUACCACAAAACUCUGAAGGUGAGCUACCUACAGAUAUGCAGAUAAUCUGUCAAGUGAGUACUGCUGAUCAGCAUCAUCCACCACCGCUCCGAGAUGAGACUCCAAGAAGUGAACUUCAAAAUGCGAUGCGAGAGCUGGUGAAGGUCUUAGCUGAAGCUAUGACAGCAAACAGGCUACCCAUUCCAGAGCCUUCAAUAUUUAGUGGAGAUCCACUCAAGUUUAAUCAUUGGAAAUCAUCAUUUCAGACACUUAUAGAGAAAAAGAAUAUUCCAACCUCAGAGAAAGUCUUCUUCCUUCAAAAAUAUGUGGGAGGAGCUGCUAGAGAAGCCCUAGGUCAUCAUUUUCUGGUUGGUUCAGAAGAUUCAUACAGUGCAGCAUGGGACCUGCUCAAUGAAAGAUAUGGCCAACCCUUUGUAAUUGCCAAGGCUUUUUGAGACAAACUACAUACAUGGCCAAAAAUAGCUCCAAGAGAGAGUGCUGAGUUGAGAAAAUUUGUGGACCUUUUACGCAGUUGUGAAAGUGCUAUGUCUAACAAUGACAGUCUCCACAUUCUUAAUGAUGGAGUUGAGAAUCAAAAACUUACUGCUAAGUUACCUGACUGGUUAAGCUCCAGAUGGAACCGAAAGGCCACACAAUAUCAACUUGAACACAGAAGGUUCCCAAACUUCAGUUAUUUUGUGGCAUUCCUUUCAAUGGAGGCUAGCAUCGCUUGCAACCCCAUUACAUCUUUUCAUGCAUUACGGCAAGGUGAAUCUGAUAAAGCAAAGAUCAGGAGCCAGAACGUUAUGACCUCCAAGAACCAAACCAGGAAGGUGCCAAGAUCUUCACGACAAACACCAUUAAGAGGAAAAUAGACACGUGUGUUUUGCAAAAAACCAGGACACAGCUUACACAAAUGCUAUAAAUUAAGAGAGAAGCCAGUUGCUGACCGCAUAAAAUUUAUGCAAAGUGAAAAGCUGUGCUUCGGCUGUUUGAGCCCUGGUCACCAGUCUAAAAGCUGCAGUAACCGGAUGGUCAUGCUCAAAGAGGCACCCCACAUGCUUGCACGAAGAACGUUCAAAAGGGGACCAAGACCCAAAGAAGGAAAAAUCUAAGGAAAGAACUCAAACACAAGAUGUCACAAAGGAAACAACUUCUAACAGAGUUGUGCAAGAUACUACCAGUGCACAGACGUCAGCAAUAGUGCCUGUCUACGUGUCAACGCCAAGUGAUCCAGACAAGGAAGUUCUCGUCUAUGCUCUGUUAGAUUCACAGAGUGACUCUUCAUUCAUUCUUGGUGAAGUGGCAGAUGUUCUUGAUACAAACACUGAACAAGUGAAGUUAAAACUAUCUACAAUGUCAUCAAAAGGGACAAUCAUUCACUGUAAAAGACUUAACAGCUUACAAAUAAGGGGCUUAUUUUCCUCUAAGAAGUUAACAGUGCCAACAGUUUACACACGUGACUUUAUCCCUGCUAAUCGCACACACAUGCCUGAGACGGCAAAGGCAUGGCCUCACUUGGGAGCAUCUUGCUGACCACAUUGCGCCUCGAAAGGAUUGCAAAAUUGGUCUGUUGGUUGGAUACAAUUGCCCACAAGCUUUAAUGCCACGAGAAGUCGUUUGUGGAGAGGAAAGCCAGCCAUUUGCUCAGAAGACCGACUUAGGAUGGAGUUAUGGUGACCCAGGAGAACACUACCGCGAUGCAAUUGGAGUAAGUCAUCGCAUCAUCGUAAAACAAGUCAUGCCUGAAGUGAAUGCAAUGGUCAAGCUUAAAGGAGAAGUCCACUAUGUUUGCAAUACGAAGGUCAGUGAAAUGGUCACUCCAGAUGACAUAAUUAAGAUGUUAGAAUCUGAUUUCAGUGAGAGUGUUGGAGACGAGACAACCUUUUCUCAAGAAGACCUACACUUCAUCAGGGCUCGAAAUUGCGACCAUUUUGGUCGCAUAUGCGACCGAAAU